CCAAUGCCCUGGUGUUGUGUCUUGCAGCUGGACCAGAUCUGCAUUUCUUUUGACGAGGGGAAAACCACAAUGAACUUCAUUGAGGCAGCGCUGUUGAUCCAGGGGUCUGCUUGUGUCUACAGUAAGAAGGUGGAAUACCUCUACUCGCUGGUCUACCAGGCUCUCGAUUUCAUCUCUGGCAAGAAGCGGGCCAAGCAGCUCUCCUCAGUGCGGGAAAAUGGGGCCAAUGGGGACACCAGCUCCACGGCUCCCCAGGAGGUGGAGGACCAGUUCCUGUCGCUGGAUGACCUCCCUGACUCCCGUGCUAAUGUGGAUCUGAGGAAUGACCUGCCCCCCCGUGAGGUCCUCAUCGUCCCUCUCCUGCCCAUGGCCCUUGUGGCCCCUGAUGAGAUGGAGAAGAAUGUCAGCCCCCUGUGCAGCUGUCAGGGGGAGGUCCUGGCCAGCCGGAAGGAUUUUAGGAUGAAUACGUCUACCCCCCACCCCAGAGGAGCCUUCAUGUUGGAGCCAGUGGGCAUCUCCCCCAUGGAGACACUGAUGCCAAGGAAUCAGAAGGAGCCUGAGAGGGCUGAGGAGCAGCCAAUGGAAGUCUCUGUGUGCAGUCCUGUCCCUGUGGUCAACGUCUCCCAGGAGCCAGGUGCCUCUCCAGAAGGCCCAGUGCCUGGAGGUGGUGGUGAGGAUGAGGAUGCAGAGGGGGCAGCAGAGCUCCCUGAAGCCACAGCCCCCGAGGGCCCUCAGGAGCCCCAGGAACCCAGGAGCCCGCAGCAGAGUGCUGCCCAGCCUAGUCCCUGCGUGCUACGGGAGCGAGAGGAGCCAGCGCCCCUGAUGAAGGAGACUCCGGACCCCUGGCAGAGCCUGGACCCCUUUGACUCCCUGGACUCUAAGCCCUUCAAGAAAGGUAGGCCUUACUCCGUGCCCCCCUGCGUGGAGGAGGUUCCAGGACAGAAGCGCAAGAGGAAGGGUGCCACCAAGCUGCAGGACUUCCACCAGUGGUACCUGGCUGCCUAUGCUGACCACGCUGACAGCAGGAGGUCCCGGCGAAAGGGCCCGUCCUUUGCAGACAUGGAGGUCCUGUACUGGAAGCACGUGAAGGAGCAAUUGGAGACUCUCCGGAAGCUUCAGAGGCGGGAGAUGGCCGAGCGGUGGCUGCCGAGGCCUGAGGAAGGGCUGUGGCCUGUGGAGGACCAGCUGGAGGACUCCCUGGAGGAUCUGGGGACAGCAGCAGAUGACUUUCUAGAGCCUGAGGAGUAUGCAGAGCCUCAGGAGGCAAAGCCUGGGGAAGCUGCAGAACUGGAAGCAGAGGCCAUGCCAGUGUCCCUGAGCUAUGAGGAGCUGGUCCGAAGGAAUGUGGAGCUCUUCAUCGCCACCUCUCAGAAGUUCGUCCAGGAGACAGAGCUGAGCCAGCGCAUCAGGGACUGGGAGGACACUAUCCAGCCCCUGCUCCAAGAGCAGGAACAGCAUGUGCCCUUUGACAUCCAUACCUAUGGGGACCAGGUAGUCUCAAGGUUCAGCCAGCUCAACCAGUGGUGUCCCUUUGCGGAGCUAGUUGCUGGCCAGCCUGCCUUCGAGGUGUGUCGUUCCAUGCUGGCGUCCCUGCAGCUGGCCAACGACUACACGGUGGAGAUCACCCAGCAGCCGGGGCUGGAGGCGGCCGUGGACACCAUGUCCCUGAGACUACUCACGCACCAGCGGGCCCACAAGCGCUUCCAGACCUAUGCUGCCCCCUCCAUGGCCCAGCCCUGAUUUGGGGAGCAUUGAGGCUGAGGGGGCCAGCGCUGUAGUAGACGCGGUAGCUGCGGCUCACCUGGGCUACCUGCUCAGCAGAACCGGUCAGACCCAGCAACCGUGGGUGGAAGUCCUGUACGUAGCGGGCCAUGGCUGCAACGGUGUCCCGUGCGGGGUCCACAGUAAUGAAGAUAGGCUGCACUGGGGGCAGGCCAGGCUCGGCCUCCAGCUUCUGUACCACCUGCACCAGCUUCUCCAGCUCAUCUGGGCAGAUGUCGGGGCAGUGAGUGAAUCCAAAGUACAUCAGGACCCACUGACCCCGGAAGUCAGCUUUGCAGCGAGCCUGUCCCCGGUGGUCCAGCAGGCUGAAGUCACCCUGGCCCACGGCUGCCUGGCGCAGGGCCUCUGUCCGCUGUUGCUGCCUCCGCUGCUCCUUCUCAGCCCUUGCCACCAGCCAGGCCCCACCCAGCCCAGCCCCAAACAAAGCAGUGAUCAAUAGCCUGGUCCGAAACCCAGGGCCCUGGGGCUGGCUCUGCCUGCUCGCCUCUCCAGGGCCCUGCCUUGACAUGAGCCGGUACCUCAUGUGUAGGGCCUCGCCUCCUGGCGUCCAAAGGAGAGCUGGGGGCUUGAGAAGAAAGAGCCUAUGCCAAGCCUUGGGUGUCCAAACCAGCAGCAGCAUGGGCCU